AUGUUUCGUCCACUCGUCCUUGUCAAAUACCAACUGACGGUAAACAGCACUGGUGCCACAGGUUACAUCGGAGGCGAUGCGCUGUACGCAGUAGUCAAUACCUACCCAGACCUUGAGAUCACUGCUCUUGUCCGUAACAGCGACAAAGGUGCCAAGGUCGCAUCCCAUUAUGCCAAAAUCCGCCUUGUCUAUGGUGACCUGGACAGCACCGACUUGAUCACCAAAGAAACCACAGACUCUGACAUUGUUCUUCACUGCGCGGACUGCGACCACCUGGCCUCCGCCGAAGCCAUCAUCGCUGGUCUUGCAAAGAGCCAGAAACAGACGUACUUUAUCCACACGUCCGGCACCGGACUCCUGUGCUUCGAGGAUCUCGAGCAAGACACCUACGGUGUUAGGCGCGAGAAAGUGUAUGACGACUGGGAUGGCAUUGGCGAAACCACGUCGCUCCCGGACUCGGCGGUGCACCGUAAUCUAGACAAGGUCGUUCUAGCGGCCAGUCAGGCAUCUGCGAACAUCCACACGGCGAUCGUGUGCCCACCUUGUAUUUGGGGACCUGGUCGCGGUCCGGACAAUCAGCGUAGCGUACAGGUUUACAAUAUGACUCGUACGGCUCUCCAGCGCCACAAGGGCUUGGUGGUUGGCGAGGGAGCGAACAGGUGGACCGAAAUCCACGUCCAGGAUCUCAGCAACGUCUACCUUGCUCUGGUCACUGCCGCUCUAUCACCUGACGGAGGCAAAGCCACAUGGAACGACAAAGGCUAUUACUUCGCCGAGAAUGGACAGUUCAGUUGGGGCGAGCUGGGUCAGAAGCUGGCCAAGCUCAUGUUCGACAAGAAACUCAUCAAUAGCCCGGAGGUCGAUCAUCUUGACAAAGACGAGACGGAGAAGCUAGACCCUGAGGGCGCUAUUCUUUGGGGUACAAACUCGCUUUGUAAGGCCACGAGGGCUGAGAAAUUGUUUGGAUGGAAGCCGAAGCAGAAGAAGCUAUUUGAUUCGUUGUCUGAGAUUGUAGACGAUGAGGCGAGGAAGUUGGGUAUCACCAAGGGUCAUGCUGCACAUGCUGCGGGCGAGACGAAUCCUUACAUUCCCGCUCAACAGUAA